AUGUCUGCGCCUAGCGACCACAAGCUCUCCUCUCAGGAUUCUUCGCCGCAGCUCGACUACAUCGAGGGCAGUUCUAAUCAAGUCUUGAGCUUUCAGAAUGCCAAUUCGCGGCGGUUCACCGUCAAUGAUGAGCAAGGACACGCGAGCGGAACCGAAUGGGAGUGGUGGAGUCGUGAGAAUCGAAAAGGUCGACAUAUCCUCCUUCUUACCCACGCUCAAGCGCCCUCGCGCACCGCCCGCACAACACGCCUCCUUCGAGCGUUUGCCCGAAUGCUUACAGUCGUAGCCUGGUGGGAUGUGUCGUGGUGGAUUGGCAUCGUCUUCUCUGUUGGCUCCAUGUGCUCCAUAACGGCCGGUGUUCUCCAAUGGCUCCCGAUCGCAUACCCAGACGCGUCAUUUGGUGCCGACCCCUCCAUCAUCAGCGGCGUGAUAUCCUUCAUCCGUGGCAUGCUGUUUCUGCUGGGUGGCAUGCUCCUCGUCGUCGAAGCCGUAAACGCAAACCAAAGCGACUGUUUUGGUUGGGCACUAAAGGGAGCCCUGAAUUCUGAUGGCGAGAAUGUCGACCGCGCUUCUGCCGACGAAGAGAAGGGCACAAAUAGCUCUGACUUCCAACCUGACCUUCGAAACUGCACACAUAUUCACAAUCCCGACCGCAUGAAGCACCGGAUAAUGCACACAAAGACAUUUAGACAGGAUAUUCGCAUUCACUACCGUCGGGAGAUUGGCUUCAAUGCCAAUCUCAUCCUCUUUGUUGGGACGGCCAUUUACUGGGUCACCAAUCUGCUCACCCUACCGGGAAUUUAUGACACCCUCCCACAAGGCGUACUGUACGGGGUCUACUAUCCCUCUUUCCUCCUGGGCGCCAUUUGCUUCUUCGUCGCAUCGAUGUUGUACAUAUUCGAAGUCCAAAGACAGUGGUGGAAGCCCGCUCCUAAGAUGAUAGGGUGGUGGGUGGGAAUGACAAACCUGGUUGGCAGUGUAGGAUGGGUAUGGAGUGCUUGCUUGGGAUACUGUAGUGCAACAUGGUGCGAGUACCAGAGCACACUUGCUCUGGUCUGGGCGCCGACAGUCUAUCUUAUGGGUAGUUUAUUGCUAGUCUAUGAGGCCGUGGAGAAAUGGCCGAUUCAUAUCGAUGGAUAG